UGGAACGACAAGGUAAGUAUUGUUUACUGUAAAUUUUCCAUUUUUACCCCUGUAUGUUAUUUAAUUGACAUUUUUUUUUCUCUAUUUUUCUUUUGGGUUGAUGUUUCUUACUGCAGGUUGUACAUAAAUUAUCUAUGCCCAUAUGCACAGCGCGCUUGGAUUACUCGGAAUAUUAAGGGAUUGCAAGACAAGAUCACUUUGGUUGGCAUUGACCUUCAAAAUAGGCCUAUUUGGUACAAGGAAAAAGUUAACCCUACCAAUAAGGUCCCUGCAUUGGAACACAACAACAAAAUUACAGGAGAAAGCCUUGAUUUGAUCAAAUAUAUAGACAGCAACUUUGAAGGGCUUGUCCUUCUCCCUGAUGAUCCUAAAAAGAGAGAGUAUGGAGAGGAGCUGAUAACUUAUACAGACACCUUCAAUAAAUCUGUGUUCACUUCAAUUAAAGAUGCAAGUGCUGAAGAUGGUGCUCCUUUUGAUUACAUAGAAAAUGCUCUCUCCAAAUUUGGUGAUGGACCUUUCUUCCUUGGUCAGUUUAGUCAGGUGGAUAUAGCCUAUGUUCCAUUUGUUGAAAGAUUUCAGCUUCUUUUAUUGGAUAUAAAGAAGUAUGACAUCACAUUAGGCAGGCCAAAGCUAGCAACAUGGAUUGAGGAGAUGAACAAGAUUGAGGCUUACAAACAAACCAAACGUAAUCCCCAAGAGCUAGUUGCAGUCUUGAAGAGACAUCUUUUUGGUAAGCAACCUUCCUCCUUUACUGCAACUCUAAAAUGUUAA